AUGAGCACCAUCUCAGAAGAGUCCUCUUUUGGAGUACACCAACCUUCAUCACAAGAACAAUCCGUUCCUCAGUCCGCCUCAGCUACUCAACCUCGAUACACACCACCAGCAAAUCUAUCCACGCAAGACCAACUGAGCGAGUCUGAUGACUCACACCCUAUACCAUCUUCCCAGAGUGUUCUGCUAUUGCAUGGCAUCCGGCAACCUUAUCAAGUAACAGCCGGAUAUAGCGUUCCGGACAUUAAGCACGACCAUGAGCUCCUCGUUCGUACCGACACUAUUGGACUCAACCCCAUAGAUUGGAAGGCACCUGACUACGGCUUUGCCAUCCCCGAACUACCAUACAUCUCCGGCCGUGAAGCAUCAGGCACAGUCGUCCGCGCACCUCAAAACCACCCAAGAAUCAAAAAUGGCGACAACGUUAUCGUCAUCUCAACAGACUACCGCGAUCUUCGCAAGGCCACAUACCAACAAUACGUCGUCGCGUCCGACUUCAACGUCGUGAGGAUUCCAAAGGAAAUCACCGUCCAAGAGGGCGCUACACUAGGAGUUGCGUAUGUAGCUGCUGCGCUAUCACUAGGCAUUUGUCUUGGCGUAGACUUCACUCGCGUCCACGACGGUCCGGAUCUUCUUAGCAUUGUGAAAGGCGUUCCCGAGGAAUCGCUUCCUGAGGAUAUUCGGGGCGAGUGUCUGAAUAGUAUCUCACCAACUGAGGGGGCUAAGCCGGGAGAUUGGAUCGCUAUCUGGGGUGGUUCUUCAACAUCUGCAGUUAUUGCUGUUCAACUAGCUCGUCUGGUUGGUCUGAAGGUUGCUCUCGUCGUCGAUAAUGCCAAGCACGGAAUCCGUAUCUCAGAGAACCCUAUUCUUCGUCCUGAUCUUCUGGUCGACAGCCACGACCCUGAACGAGCCAUCUCCAUUAUUCGCGCAAACACAAAAGGCAAACUCCGCUUCGGUAUCGACACACGCGGAAAAGACACAGCAGAGAUCCUCCUGCGCGCUCUCGGCCCCGAAGAACUCCACCGCACCACCCAAACUUCACCACCCAGCACGCCACCCUCUGAGCCCAUAAUCCCAGCACAUCUAGUCGGCCUAAGCGGAGUACCAAAGACAGGACAUUCCGCGGGUGUUGUGCUCCAUACUAUUCCUGUGAAGCUCUACCACGAGGUCGCCGAGGUCGGAGAGGCGCUGUCGAGGUGGUUGGAGAGACUACUUUCCAGCCGUGCGCUUGUGCCGCCGAGAAUCAUUGAUGUUGAGGAUGGCCUACAUAAUGUGAAUAAGGGCUUGGAUAGGAUGAGGAAGGGGGAAAUCAGUGGGGGUAAGCUUGUGGUUGACUUGAAUGGGAUUUCACAGUCGGCUUGA